AUGAAGGUACUCAAGCAACGCCGCGGCGCCAAACGCCAAAAUAUAUCGUAUAGGACCCUCGGCGAUGUCCUGCGGAGCAUCAGAGAAGACGUUGGAUUGAACAGCCAUACCCCGCUGCUUAGGCUUCCAGCAGAAAUCCGCAACGAAAUCUACGACUACACCUUCUCUGGCGAAAUCGUUGGCGUUAACACGAAGCGUAUCUGGGCGGGUCACGUCACAGCCAAACACCAAAAACACAACAGUCUACUUGCGCUCCACCAGACGUGUCGUCAACUCAGACGCGAGACCCGACACUCCCUGUAUACCCACGCCAUCUUCAGGUUCGAUCGUAUAGAUUCAGACUCCGGCAUCGCAAAGCUUGGACGUGAGGUUUAUCAAGCUAUCCAAUCUGUCAAGCUUCACGACCGCUACGUCAGUCUGAUUGUGGACCUUCACUCGAUCUGCCCCGAACUUCGAAAAUCUGCGUUGAAGGGUUGGGUCGUUGGAGAUUUUGCUGCUCUCAAGAACGUCUAUUCGCAUAUGUCGCGGGAAGAUUUUGGCAAGACGAAGGAAGACAAGAUAUUCGAACAAGGUGUUAGGCAUUGGCGGAUGAUGACACCGAAAGUGGUCAAGCGUGUGUACGCUAGCGAAUGA